AUGACCUGGGCACAGAGCUGGCAUUUGUUGGCACCCCACAUUCUUGGCACGGCCGCGGAAGAAGAAUUCAAAUUCGAGCCACGACAGAGGAGCCACGACAGAGCGCGCCGCGCGGACUCGCGCCGACUAUCGCGCACCGACCGCCCUCGACCAUCGCGACGUAGGCUGGACAUGCUGGCCGCGGCGCAGAACGCCAUCCAGACGAGCGCGCAGAAGAAGAAACGGGACGAGCUGAUGUUCUCGCCGGGCAGGAAGAAGACCGGCGGCGGCGUCGACGCCGCCGCGACCGCUCGGGCGAAUCGAAAGAUCCCCGCGCCGGUGCGCGAUUGGCCCAACCUCUUUCCGCGCGAGUCCCCAGGCGCGAACGCCAUGCUGCGCACCCCUCCCGCGGCGACCCCGCGCGCGGACCGCGACACCUUCGCCGCGCGCACCGUCGGAGGCACCAUCGCGCUCGCGGGCGCGCAGCGAAAGCCCCGCGCGCCUCCGAGCGGCACCGUCACGGGCACGCCGGUCGGCAGGAGACGCGACGACGCGAACGACGAGAACGUCACCCCCGCGGGGCAUCCCGGGUCGACCCGACCCGCCGGCGCGACGCGAACCCCGCUGGGCGGCGCGUCCACCAUCCAGCGCGCCGCCGCGCCGCCCGCGAUCCUCCGCGACCCUCGCGGCGGCGCGGCGACGAAGCCCGUCGCGCGUCACCCGCAGACGGUGGCGCGGCGCAUGUCCUUCGACGGCGCCGGCGACGAUCGGCGAGACGACUCGCUCCUUCCUCCGGCGAAAAAGUUGCGGGUGACCGUGGCGGCCCUGGAGGGACUCGAAGACGACGGGGACGACGCCUCGAGGCAGCCCCCCAGCACCCACAGGUCCGCGACGACGACCGACGGGCCCGCCAAGUGCUGGCUGCCGCGGCCCAAGCCCGGGGCGGGCCCCCCCCAUCCGUUCAGGGACGCCGCCGACGACGACGACGACGUCGCGCCCCCCGCGCUCGAGAGGCCGCCGGCCAACCCCUUCGGCAACCCCUUCGCCGCGGCCAAGGCCAAAGCCGCGUCCGCGGUCGCCAGGGCGGACGCCGAACGCGCCGCGGCGAUCGCCGCUCGUCCGGUGCCUCGCACCCCGGGUCUGCGGAAUUUGGGCAACACGUGUUACCUCAACGCCGCGCUCCAGGUGCUCUGCGGGUUGGAGGAGUUCGCGCGCGCGGCGGAGGCGAAGCCGCUGGCGGACGGGGGGUUCGACGACGGGUCCGUGUACAGCGCCGUGCGCGGGCUGGUGGCGGCGAGGAGGGCGUCGCACGAGCGCGCCAUCAUGCGAGCGGCGGCGGCGGCGGCGGCGGAGUCGACGCCCGCGACCUCGUCCCUCCCCGCGCCGCGGGGUCCCUCCGCGGUUCUCUCCCCGGCGGAGGUGAAGACCGCGGUGCAGCGCAGGCACGCGCACUACGCGGGUAACCGGCAGCACGACGCGCACGAGUUUUUGUGCGAGUGCCUGGACGCGUUGGAGGAGGAGGUGACAGCGGCGUACGCGGACGGUCGGCUCGAGGCUCCGGAACCGAAGAGCGUGGUGCCGCUGCACGCAACCCUGUGCCCCACGCGCAGGAACUUCACCACGGCGGUCGCCGCGACGCUGACGUGCGAGUCGUGCGGGGACGCGUGCGUGCGGCACGAGACCUUCCGACACCUCUCCGUCGAGCUUCCGGAGAGUUCCGGCGCCGACGGGUCCGCCGACGUCGAGCUCGCGUCGUUGCUCGACGGGUUUUUCACCCCCGAGACGCUGGAGCGUAAGUGCGAGAGGGACGGGUGCGACGGCACGUCCGCGACGCUCGUUCGGCGCAUCGUGAGGCUGCCCAGGGUGCUCGUGGUGCACCUCAAGCGGUUCAGGUACGUGCGGACGACCGGGGGAACCAAGGCGGCGGCUCGCGGCGGCGGGGAUGACGAAAACGCGAGGAGCGACGGAAACGGAAACGCCCCGACGCAAGCGGAGCCCGCCCCGGCCCCGGCGCCGUUCGCGAUGCGAAUGGUCAAGGUGACGCGUCCGGUGAAGCUUCCCACGAGGCUCACCCUCGAACCGUUCGUCGGGGAGGACGCCUCGGCCCUGCGCGGUCCCCCGCCCCGGUCGAACCAUCCCGUCGCCGCCGAGGUCGUUCGCCCCGUCGACUCGGCGCCCGCCGACGCCACCGCCGUCGUCCCCGCGGGCAAGGCUCGAUCGAAAACGCUCCAACAAAACGGUUUGUUGGACGAGAACGACGACAAGACGACGACGCCCGCGGUGCCCCGCCGCCUGAACCUGAACCUGGACCUCCACGAGGACGACUCCAAGGGUGCGCAGGGGUCGUCGAAUCCGACCCCGCGCGGACACCCCGACUCGAACGACGGCGGCGGUUUUACCCCCGUCGACGGAGGCGUCGCCGCCGCGGAGACCACGCCGGAGCCGCGGGGCGCGCGCGACGAGGCCACCGCGGCGGUUCACGUCUACCCCGACGACGCUUCACCUUCCGGCCCGGACGCCAAGCGCCAGGCGGGCGCGUACGAGCUCCGCGGGGUCGUCUCGCACGUCGGGUCGAGCCUGGAGUUUGGUCACUACGUCGCGCACGUUUUUGGACCGAGGCGGGACGGCGGCGUCGGGUGGACCACGUUCGACGACGAGGCGGUGGACGAGGUGGAGGAGGGGAGGGUGCUGAGGGACAGGACCGGGUGCUACGUCGCGGUGUACGCCCUCGGAGAUUGA